AUGGCAUCAGAUUCCGACGCCUCUUCGUUUGCUUCUUCCGUUGAUUCUGACGCAUCAACUGAUAAAAACUCUGCCACGUUUUGUAUAAUAGAGGGGCCGGAGAUGGUUCAGGAUUUCGCCAAAAUGGAAUUACAGGAAAUUCAGGAUAAUAUUAGGAGUCGUCGGAAUAAAAUAUUUUUGCACAUGGAAGAGGUUCGUAGGCUGAGAAUACAGCAAAAAAUUAAAAGUGCGGAGCUUGGUAUUCUGAAGGAAGAACAAGAAAACGAGCUUCCUAAUUUCCCCUCCUUCAUUCCAUUUUUACCUCCUUUGACCUCUGCGAAUCUUAAACAAUAUUAUGCAACUUGUUUCUCUCUUAUUUCCGGCAUCAUUCUUUUCGGUGGUCUUCUAGCACCCACUCUGGAGCUGAAACUGGGAUUAGGAGGUACAUCAUAUGCUGAUUUUAUCAGUAACAUGCAUCUGCCAAUGCAAUUAAGUGAGGUCGAUCCCAUCGUGGCAUCAUUCUCCGGGGGUGCUGUUGGAAUAAUAUCUGCAUUGAUGGUAGUUGAAAUAAACAAUGUGAAACAACAGGAGCACAAGAGAUGCAAGUAUUGUCUUGGUACAGGAUAUCUUGCUUGUGCCCGCUGCUCAAGCACUGGGUCGCUUGUUCUUAUCGAACCAGUCUCCACAGUUGAUGGUGGUAAUCAGCCUUUGUCAGCACCUAAAACUGAAAGGUGUUCUAAUUGUUCAGGAGCAGGAAAGGUCAUGUGCCCUACCUGUCUUUGCACAGGGAUGGCUAUGGCGAGUGAGCACGACCCACGGAUCGACCCCUUCGACUGA